UUCCGAUGAAAACUUUGCAGUUCGAUUUUCAAAAUGCACUGGAAAGAGAGGUGAGAUUGUUGGAAGGAAUGUAACGCUUGCAUCUGUGAGUAUUUUUAUGAGCACUCCUGCACACCCCUUGUUGUUUGUCAAAGUAACCUGACCCUGCCUGGAACACAAGAUGGCGACCGAACCGAGGUUGGAGGAGAAAACUUUCGAGGACGAAACCUCGCAGGAUUCCUUCCAAACGGACCAGAACGGCAACACGGGAGGCAAUGGACUUGGCGAGGACGAUGAGGCGUUCGCAAACGAUAGUUUCAUCCACCCAGGGUUCGAUAGGACCUCCAUUUUCAUCGAGGGCGCGUCGGACUCCGAGUGUGGAGAUGGCAAAGAUGGAAGCUCGCACGGACACUCGGACAUGGGUGACGACAACUCUGCACAGGGGUACAUCCACCACACCAUAUCUCCCGAUCAGAUCACCUUCUCUAUCACCCCGGGGCGGUGUAACAUGCCCGAUCCCACCAACAUUGACCACGCUACGCUAACGCUAGAGACCGAAUGUCCCACCACAAACAGUAAGGAAGUGAAGAGGUACCGCUGUACGUACUCCGAUUGUAACCGUUCUUACAGUACCGCUGGAAACCUUAAGACACACCAGAAGACGCACACCAAGGACUACACGUUCGUUUGUAAGCAGCAAGGUUGUGGCAAGGCCUUCUUAACGUCUUAUAGUCUUAAGAUUCACGUCAGGGUCCAUACGAAGGAGCGGCCGUACAGUUGUGAUGCAGCGGACUGUGAAAAAUCCUUCAACACGUUAUACAGGUUAAAAGCCCAUCAGCGUCUUCACUCGGGGGAAACCUUCAACUGUGACUCAGACGGCUGCACCAGGUACUUCACUACCAGGUCAGACCUCAUGAAACACCUAAGAACUCACACAGGGGAGAAACCUUACAAGUGAGAAGCCCUACAGUUGUGAGAAGGAAGGCUGUCAGCGGGCCUUCACCACGCAGUACAGUCUCAAGAGUCACAUCAAGACACACGCCAAGAAGGGCAUGUCUUCUCUUGGUUGCUCAGGAGAGGACAUCCAGAUCAUCACCACGACAACGGGAGAGAUAGCACAGUGGUCGCUAGGCAGCCAGUUUGUUCUGGCCUCGUCAGGCGAGCUGGGACAGGGCGACGCCAACUCACUCUUAGAACAGAUCAACCAACAGGUCCAGGCACAGGAUAGCAUGGGUCUGCCCAUCUCCACGGACAUGCUGACCCCGAUCUAUACCGACCAGCAAGGGAACCAGAUCGUGGCGUUAGGACCGGACACUGGCGUCGCCGUGACCACCCAGCAGCCGGCUUUUGUUACAGCAGGGACAGGAGGCGCAACACAGGUGCAGCAGUCCGACUACAGUUCCAUGGGGGGUCCAGUGGAGAUGCUGCAGCCGUCGCCGGGGCAACAGUUACCGGGGCAACAGGCGCCCCUGCUGCUGCCGCCCGACCUGCAGCUACAGCCACAGACCAACCUGAUCCCCCCUACCAUCCUGAUGAACGUCCCGGUGGUACAGUCCGCAGGGGAGGGGCAG